AUGAUGAAGUUUGCAUCUUUUGAGACCAUUGUGGAACUAAUCUACAAGUAUGCCAUUCCUAAGCCCAAAGAAGAGUGCAGCAAAGCUCUGCAACUUGGAGUGAGCUUUGCUGGUGGAUAUGUGGCCGGUGUUCUCUGUGCUAUUGUGUCUCACCCUGCCGACAAUCUUGUCUCUUUCCUCAACAAUGCUAAGGGAGCGACUGUUGGUGAUGCUGUGAACAAGCUUGGGGUGUGGGGUCUCUUUACACGUGGUCUUCCCCUUGGUAUUGUCAUGAUUGGAACUCUCACAGGGGCUCAAUGGGGGAUCUAUGAUCAUUGUCAAGCAUAUAUGUGCAUGGCUGCCUCUGCAUGUGUAUGUAAUGUAGAGGCGCUUAGUUGUUUGUUGGAAGCUGACUUGGUAGUUUCUAAUGGGCUUUUAAUAUGUUGUCCAGGCGAACCACUGGCGGUGGUGUUCCUGUUGCUGCCCCAACCCAUUCUUCUACUGAGCUUGCAAAGCCGUAGAAUCAACUGGAAGAGUUUAUUUGCGGAACCUGAGACAGUACCUCAUCAAAGGAUCAAUAAGCAUAGAAUAGCUGAUGCUUCUUGAAUGGCAUUUUUGGUAGUUGAAAGGUAUUUUUUUGCAUCCAAAGAUUGUGCCCAUUUUUGGUUUCCUAUAUCCAAGGGCUAUCUUUUAUCCUUUGUAUUGUUAAGAAGUUUUCGGUUAGAAUAGGUAUAAAUUCUCUUUUUGAUAGUGGGAUCAUGCCUUGUCCCCACCUUGAGAAAGCAUCAGAAGUAACGGACUGAUCGAGGUUAAUACUUGGCUCCAUCCUACAUAUACAGUUG